AUGAACAAUUUGGGUAUCAAAAAGACACAACACGAGAUAAAUCUCAAGUUUUUAAAUAAUCUUUUCGAAAGCUGGAAAAUGGUUAAACUCAUUAUUCAGGGAAAUCCAGCUAUUCAUACCGAACCUUUGUACAAUUUGUAUGGAGAACUUCAAUCGUAUGAAUCCUCGAUUGACCCACCAACCAUUGCAGCUUUUGGAGGACCACUUGCUCUUGUGUCCACAACUUCUCAAAACCAAACACCUUACAAUGAUCAAAACAUUAAUCAUUUUAAUCAGACUACAUCUUUUCAAAACCAAUCCUUCCAGUCUAAUUCAAAUGAUGAAGAAGAUUAUCAACAACUAUGUGCUUUGGUUGCAAACACAAAUCUCCAGAGAUUUAUCCCAAAUCACUCAAGUUUUCAACCAAGACCAUCUUUUGGACAAAAUAACUCAAGUUUUCAACCAAGACCAUCUUUUGGACAAAACAACUCAGGAACAAAUCACUAUGCGAGAGAAUGUCGAGCCAAAAACAAAACCAAAAUCAAAGACUCAGCAUACUAUGCUCAAAGAGCCGAUGAAUUGAAGAAACUGGAAAACCAAGAAAAGCAAAAAGCAUUGAUGGCAAUCCAUGAACCAAGCGUAGAAUACUGGCCAACAUUUGAUGACGAAGCUGAUAAUGAACAAGCACAAUCAAACUUAUGCUUCGUAGCUAGUGUUGAAAUACCUUCAAGAGCUCCAAACGUCAUAGAACAGGUAUGGUCUAUGAUCUCUGAACUUGGUUUUUCCAAAACAAUUUUUGAGUUCCACAUAACCAAAAUUGAGACUAGUCUGGAAACUGAUCUCAAAACAUAUCAUGACACAAUGGUCAAUUAUGAUAUUUGCAAAUCUGAGUUACAAACCUUGCAACUCAAAUUUGGAGAAUCAACAAGAACUAAAAGGAAAUUGGAAAGAGACGUUGAAAGAAAAUUAGAAGAUUAUAAUCACGUCUUGGAACAAUUAAAUCAGUCCCUAAUUCAAAAAAGGGAUUUGGAACUAAAAAACCAGUCAAUCAUUUCUUCUGAAACAAAAGAUGUUUUAGAAAUGGAAAUCCUUCAGUUGAAACAAGACUUUCAAGAAUCAAUUGAUAAAUACAAUAUUCUAAAUGAAAAACUGACUGAUUCUUUAAAACAAAUCAAUUCUCUUAAAACCGAGAAUAAAAGACUGAUAUGGAAUAUGGAUUCUAUCAAAGUUGCUAGAAAACUAAGUGAUGAUAUUUUCAAAAAGGCAAACACCUUAGGAACUGGCAAAAUUGAUACGAAUUAUAGACCAGGAAUUGGAAGAGAAUCCUUUGAAAUUGAACAGGCAAAACAGGAAAACAUGACGAAUUGUGAAAACUCUGAAUCUACUUUACCAGAUCUUUUCACAUCAGUUAAUGAGGAAGAUUCAGAUGACGAAACAAUUAUCAACUGUAGUCUAGAUGAUACUGCUUUCAGUGUUUCCAAAAAGUCUUUCAAAAGAGUUGUAAAUUCUGAAACAAACUCUGCAAGUUCUUUAAUUCACCAAAUCAAACAUACCGAUGGAACCACUAAACUCAAAAACUUUUUGAAUGGAGAAAAUUCCUCUUAUGAGGAUGGUAGUACUUCUAUAGCAACUGUACUUAAUGCUGGAGAACCCAAUGAUGAUACAUGGUAUAUUGAUAGUGGCUGCUCCAAGCAUAUGACAGGAAACCGGAACUACUUACGUGACUUCAAACCUAUACAAACCAAUCAAGAUGUUACCUUCGGCAACAACAUGAAAGCAAAAAUCAAAGGUUAUGGAAACAUAACAAAUGGUAAUUUUAAAAUAAAGAAAGUUUCCUUCGUCGAUGACCUGAAACACAGCCUCAUAAGUGUUUCUCAACUAUGUGAUAACAAUCUUGAAGUUCUUUUCACCAAACAACGAAGCUUGAUCAUGGACGCCAAAACCAAAGAUGUUAUAGUUGAUUCUGACCGUGCCGGAAAUAUGUAUCCACUUGACAUGGAUCUUAUCUAUGGUAAACCCGAUAUAUGUCUGCUAUCUAAAGCCCCAGCAGAUAUUAGUUGGUUAUGGCACUGUCGCCUUUCCCAUCUCAACUUUGGGUACAUCAACAAAUUAAUCGGCGAUGAUCUUGUUCGAUGGCUACCAGUUCUGAAGCUUGAUAACGAAACUCUUUGUGCCGCAUGUGAAAAAGGAAAACUUUCCAAAUCCACUCACAAAAGCAUCUCAGAAUCUAACAUAUCCGAACCACUAGAGUUGGUGCACAUAGACCUUUGUGGCCCUGCCAAAACCCAAACCAUACAAGGGAAGAAGUACAUUCUUGUUGUCGUUGAUGGUUUCUCGCGCUUUACUUGGGUCUUUUUCUUAAGACUAAAAUCAGAAGCACCUGAAGAGAUGAUCAACUUCAUCAAACAAAUCGAGCUGAAGCUGAAACGACCUGUUCGAAGAAUCCGAAUUCAACUAACACCUUCUCCUGACAUAGACAUUGAAAUCGAUCUUAAUUUACUUUUUGAACAACCAAAAACUUCUUACAAUUCUGAACUUCUAACUACUUUAAUUGAUCCUACAGGAACACCCAGUGAAGUUAUUCCAUAA